GGCUCGCACCGCUGCUGGCUCCGAGCGAGGCGGCUUCCAGCUCCGUCAACCCCCCCCCCCAUUCCACCGGACCAGCAUCCAGGUAUCGUAUCAUGGGGAACCUACUGAAAGUUUUGACAUGCACAGAUCUGGAACAGGAGCCCAAUUUUUUCCUCGACUUUGAAAAUGCCCAGCCCACGGACGCAGAGCGAGAGGUGUGGGAGCAGGUUGACGUGGUGCUGAAAGACGCCAAGGGGAUCCUGGAUGAGCUGCAGGCGUACAAGGGCGCGGGGCAGGAGAUCAGAGAGGCGAUCCAGAAUCCAAACGAUGAGGCGUUACAGGAGCAGGCGUGGGCGGCUGUGGUUCCUUUAGUGGGGAAACUGAAGAAGUUCUACCAGUUCUCCCAGAGGCUAGAGGCGGCGCUGCACAGCCUUCUGGGAGCUCUCACCAGUGAGACGUACGAUGACCCCACUCAGCACCUGGAGCGCGAGCAGGCACUGGCCAAGCAGUUUGCUGAGAUCCUACACUUCACUCUGCGCUUUGAUGAGCUUAAAAUGACAAAUCCUGCCAUUCAGAAUGACUUCAGUUAUUACAGGAGGACGCUGAGCCGCAUGCGGAUCAACAACGUGCCGGCGGAGGGGGAGAAUGAAGUCAACAACGAACUGGCCAACCGGAUAUCUCUGUUCUACGCCGAUGCCACGCCCAUGCUGAAGACAUUAAGCGACGGCACAACUAAGUUUGUGUCGGAGAACAAGAACCUGCCUAUCGAGAACACGACAGUCUGCUUAAGCACAAUGGCGACCGUGUGUAAAGUCAUGCUGGAAACACCGGAGUACCGCAGCCGCUUCGCCAGCGAGGAGACGGUGUCCUUCUGCCUGCGGGUCAUGGUCGGGGUCAUCAUCUUGUACGACUACGUCCAUCCCGUAGGGGCCUUCGCCAAGUCAUCGAAAAUCGACAUGAAAGGCUGCAUCAAAGUCCUCAGAGAUCAGCCUCCGAACAGUGUGGAAGGCCUUCUCAACGCUCCUCAGGUAACUUCCCCUCUGCAGCCCCAGUCUGAUACUGGUGAUACUGGCUCAUGAGCAGGAGACAGGGCUCUUGGUUAAUUUCACCCCUCGCCUCCAGUGCGGCGACUCAUCCUCUGCCCAGUCCCACCGGGGAUUUGGUCGUCUGUGUGUCGGGUGUCGAAGCCUCUCCAGAGAGACCAGUUACAUCUGACACCUCGUUCCCCUCGUAGUCGUCCAAAUUCUGCCGGCCUGGGCCAAAACUCCCAGCUGCUCGAGCUGCCGAGGCCUCACAUCUGUAUCUCUCUCUCUCUCUCUCUCUCUCUCUCUCUCUCUCUCUCUCUCUCUCUCUCUCUCUCUCUCUCUCUCUCUCUCUCUCUCUCUCUCUCUCUCUCUCUCUCUCUCUCUCUCUCUCUCUCUCUCUCUCUCUCUCUCUCUCUCUCUCUCUCUCUCUCUCUCUCUCUCUCUGUACCGGAGGCCUGAGGCGGGCGAGCGCUCAGCGGCAGCGUGAGGUCACUCUCAUCCAGAAGCUGCCAGAUUUCCUUUCAGCAACUAAAGCUCGGAUCGGACAGAGGAUGACAAAUGAUUUUUAGAUGUACAGUACAGCUUUACUUUACACAGGUUUUCUUCAGGGUUAUAACAAAUCUUAAAUACAUUGAAAUAUUAUGUUCUAUGUCCUGAAUACAUUUAGGAAGGUCUUCAUUUAACUCCACUUCUUUAGCAGCAUGUAUAGUUUGUACUGUCUCUGUUUGUUUUGAUUCCUGUCCUCCAGUAAAGCUGCUAACUGACUAACAGACAAACAAACAAACGCAGAUGAAAACACAACUUCCUUGUCGGAGGGAAUUAAAACAUCUGAGCUCUUCUUCUGUUUGUUGGAAUUCACUCAUGUCUUUUUCCUGUGGCUGCAGGUACACGACCAAGCAUCUGAAUGAUGAAUCCACCAACAAGACUAUCAAGAGCAUGCUGCAGUAGAGCUGAGCUGCCUGCUUGCCUCACACCCUGCUGGGGGGAGACGCCACUCUCCUGACUGAUGUCGGUGCACAGAAUGUUUUUUUUAGUUUUUUUCCUUUUUAAAGAGCUGCAGCUCCGCCCUCUUUUAUAUUGCAAAAUGCUACUGCCAUUAUGAAACGUCUUUUUCUGUGCCAAAAAGAUGUCGCUGUGAUGUUUUUCCGAUAAAAGGCCAUGAAACAAUGGCAGCUGAUGAAAACAUAGCGGAACCUCUGGUGUUUUUAACAAUGUCUUGUUUUUUUCCCCUGUUUAAGGGACGGGAGCGCUUUGACUUGAAAAUUUAAAAGAGAGAGAUAUAUAGAGAAGUAUAUAUUAUUUUUGUUUGAUUCGUUAUUUAAUAUUACAUCUUCUGCAUGAUGACAAUUGUCUUUCUUUCCUUGUAUUUAAAAAAAAAACUAAUGGUUCAGUUUAAUUUGUCUGCUCUAUUGUGCAUUAUUACGUGUUUUGUUAUUGAAAUGGUACUUGUCAAAAUGAGAUUUCAGAGUACUGUUUUUAUAUUUUUUUAUAGGUUUUAAUUUGUGCAUAUGACUUUUUUUCCUCAUAGUUGUGUUGUAUUUUUCAUUUGAAAACUUUCAAACUGUGAUGUGUGCAAAAAAUCUAAAUCAAAUUGGGAGCGUGUACUGUACGUGGACAGUAAGUUGUGGCUGGAGACAUUAAAAAGAGAACUCUUGUUUUCUA